GAAAAGUGUGAUUGGAGAGAGCUGACGUUGCGCUCAAUUCGAAAUUUAAAAUUCAAAAAGUUUGCCGAUUUAUGAGUUUACAUUCGGCCAGCAGCGAAAUUGGGUGAAGUUUUUUUGAUCUGUGGUAACACUUAAGUUUUUUUUUACUGGUGUUUGUGAUGGUUGUCAGAACAGUUAUUUAGCUACGUGGUUAUAUUAUACCGGUAUUCGAAUUGAGUCAUUGGACGUUUUUGCGGGCAGUUAUUGUUGAAGUGAAGAAAUGAGCUGACUCUAAUACCUAGGUUUUAUUUAAAAACAAAGACUGUGGGUGUUACGAAUAUUGAAUUAGUUCCAAAGGAGUGGUUAAUACCUACUUUGCUAUACAGACUGACCCAAAAUGGCGAAGCUCAGUCUCAUCCUAGUAGCAGUCUGCCAACUGCUCUCCCUACCUAUCCUGGGCAGCAGAAGUGAUGACGUCAGCCCUCUUCUGGACCUCGCGUCUUCGUUUCUACAGAACAUGGGAGAUGGAGGGAAUAGUAAUGGGCUAGGGGCGAUAGGGGACAUCGUCGGGACUCUCAUGCAGGGCGAUGGGGCCAAGAACUUAGGCGCGUUGCUGGGGCAGACGGGCAAUGCUGGUAAUGGAGCGGAUUUGCUUUCUGGCAUUGGCAGUCUGCUCGGUAGCCAGAACGGCCAGCUCGACCCCUCAUUAGUGGGCUCCAUGAUCUCAAUGUUCGCGCAACAAAUGACAAACAACGAGGAACAGAAACCGGCGAGACAGAAGAGAGAGCAACAAACCCCAGAUAUGAACCUUGAUGGAAUUCUCGGUCUUGCAUCCAGCUUUUUGGGCAACAAGAACUCUGCAGACAUGCUGCCUCUGAUUAUGAAUACUAUCAGCUCAUUCUCAGCUCCUGAAGCGAAGAAGCGCGCCCAUGACCACGCUGAUCACGCGACUUUCCUUCCUCCGUUCCUAGAAAAGAUCCACCUGUAUUGGGACCUGUUUAUUAACUCUGAACUCGGGAAGACAGUCUGGCAGAAGUCUGGACUGCAAAAGGCGUUGAAGGCGUUUACUGGGCCGGAUGGGAAAUUGAGUUUUGAGCUGAUGAUGAAGAACUUUGAGAACCACUCGUUCAGACGACACUGGAUCAAGGCUGCAGCCAAGUAUCUGACAGAUACGGUAGUGCAUAUUGCCAAGCCAGAGGUUUAUCAAAGAUAUAUAACAUCAGCAGAAUACCUGAUCAACGGUUUCCUGGACUCCCAGGGGUUGCCUAAGAGUACACACUUCAACGUGAAGAGACCAGAGAAGUCUAUCACAGUGCUGCUGAACCACACCCUCAAGCAAUACCUGGAUAUGGACACCGAUGUGUCGGGAUAUGUCUCGUCUGCUAUGGCUUAUUUGAAGCAAAUCCUCAAAAUGGCGCAAUCCGUGACCCAGUCCAUCAGCAGCCGCGGCGACUACAACGCCCUAGCCGACCGUCUCACAGACACCCUCAACCUGGAGGUCAUUGAACCCGUGCUGCGCGUGCACCGCGCGUAUCGCCACGCGGUAGAAGCGCCUCAGUGCAGGGAGCAUCUGAUGUGCCUGGUGAAUCAACAUCCUGACAGCGAGAAGCAGAGCAUGCCCGGCUUUAAGGCUGGUCUCACCAAGCUGAGCAGUAUCGUGGCGUCAGCCGCUUUGAGCUUCCAAAAUGGAGGAGGUUUCUGGGACCUCUACAAUGCCAUUCAGAAUGAUGUCAACUGUGAGGCGAAAUACCCGGCCGACUGUGCAGCCUUCCACGAACACGAGCUAAAGGUCACCACCGAAGUAUACCACAGUGAGCUGUAGACACAUAAUCUCUUGAUUUAAAACUAUAACAUAAUCUCUUCAAAUAAAAUUAUAGAUAAAAAUGUAAAGGUCGACACUGACGAUGCGUCAAUGAAAUGCAUUUGGGAU